GACUAGCUGUGGCUGGCGACAGAGGAUGCCAUAUUGUUUUACUGCAGUGUUUGUUUUGGUGCUGCGGUGGCCUAGCUUAAAAUCCAGUUAAAUCAGCUUGGAAAUAGAGCUAAACUUUAGAGCGAUAUUACAAAACGAGUUCGGAAUAUUUCAGAAUUCGUAUUAUCCGUAUAUUUUCUGCUAAUACAAGGGCGGUGAUUAUUCCUUAACAAUUUUUUGGUGUCAGUCGCCUCCGAGACCGUGAAGAGUAAAAAUGGCCUGCGCGACCCUGAAGAGAUCUCUUGAAUUCGACCCGGUCCACAGCCACGUAAGACCUUCCAAAAGGCGAAGAUGCAUUCCGAUGUGCAUGUCGCCAAACACGCCACCAGCGAGGAAUCCAAAUCCAUCAGCUUUUGGCGAAGUUACACAAAAAUUAACGCCUGAAAAAAUGGCAGCCAAUAUUAGAGAAGAGAUCCGCAGGCUUCACCGACGCAAGCAGCUGCAUUUUAAUCCGCAAAACAACAGCGGCGAUUCUUCAGACACAGAAGGUCCUGCCAGUCCGUCAACUAGUGGCGCUGGUGCAUACAGCCACAGCCCUAGCGGCAAGGAAAAACCAUUGUUCACAUUUAGACAGGUGGGAUUGAUCUGUGAGCGAAUGUUGAAGGAACAGGAGACGCAGAUCCGAGAAGAAUACGACCAGAUUCUCAACAUGAAGCUCUCAGAGCAGUAUGAUGCAUUCGUUAAAUUUACCUAUGACCAAAUCCAGAAGCGAUUUGAAUCUGCAGCUGCGCCAAGUUAUUUAUCCUAAAGAAGAAUUGUUACUUCUACGGAUGUGUUUCUUCGAAGAGCAUUAGAUUUCUGCGUUAUAAAUGAGAGAAAAAAAAUUUUGCUUGGAAGUUGUUCCGCAAGGCACGCAGAGUAAAUACCUCGUGACGGAAACCUUGAUUAAUAAUUAUUAAAAUUGAGAAUAAAAAAAAAUUUCAUUUGAAUGAAAGAAAGAAAGAAUAUAACAGAAACAAGAAAACGAAGAAAAAAGAAAAAAAAAUAUCUUUAAAAACACAUACACACACACGAAACAAUUAAAUAAUAAUAAUAAUAAUCUAGCAAAGUAAGUUUUAGGGAGUAGGUUUGCUUGAAAAUGGCAACCAGACUACAAAAAUCAACAACGUAUACUACUAAACUAACAAUAUUUGUACUAUCCGGUUUUCAAAGUACGCUGUUAUCAGGGAAUCAAAUAAAAAGUUUAGAAAAAUAUAAUAAUAAAGAAAGAGAGAAAAAAUGAUAAGUAAUUAAAACUCACUCAGGCCUAACAAAAUCGAUAGUUUUUCUAAUAUUAACUUGUCUUCAUGUUGAUGUUAAUAAACUUUAUGCAUUCAACGAUAACUAAAUGAUUUUCAUACCGUUUAUUUUGAAUCAUGGUUCGUUAUUCUUAUAUUUCUCGAUUCGAUAUAUCUGACGCCAAUUACAAUAAUUGGUGAGAAGACAAACAAAAAAAAAAAAAAAAAAACUUGAAAUAAUGAAUAAUAGAACUAUUCUGUUUUUUUAAUGACCAAUGCACAAUUAUAUUUCAAUAAAUUUGUGUAAUCGUGAACAAGAGAAUUAAAGGAAAACUCACAAAAAACAAAAAUCUUACCGAUGGCGAAAAGAAAAAAACAAAAUAAAAAAGCAAAUUUGUUCACAUCGGUGAGAUUAUAACAUACACUGAAGGAGGUAAUUUAAUUAACGUUUUGAUGUAAGAUAUAUUUAUUUACAUAUUAAUUACGUCGUUUCUGAAAAUUCGUGUUAAAAAAAAAAACGAAAAACCAAUCGUGUUGAUAACGUUUUUUUGUGAUAUGCAUCAUCUCAUUUUCAUUUUAUUUUCUUUUUUUCAUUUUUGUAUGUAUUGAAAGAUGAUGAGCUUGAACUUUAGUGGUACUACCACGCCAUUCAUCUAACUGUGACUCUAUUUCAAGUACAGAAUAUUUUACUAGAUGUGUAUGCAACUAUUUUCCCUGGUUUCAGACAUCGGCUAUCCGCACUCACAAUUUAAAAAUUCAAGAUGUCGUUUUAUUAGUUUAAUUAUUUCAUUUUAUUUCAUUUUUUUCCUCCGUGUACAUCUGUUCUGAUUUUGUCGCAGCAUUCUAUGCAUCAAACAAUUUGUAAGUCGUAGAAAAAUUAUGAUUGUGAUAAACUAUUUUCCUAAUUUCUUUUUUUUUGAUUCUCAUCUUUUGGAAAUGUACAUGAGAAAAAGCGAAAUUAAAAAUACUAAUAAUAAUACCCAUUCGAUUGACAAUUCGUAACACAUAUAUAUUAUAUAUAUAUUUUUUGGAUGUUUUUUUCCCUGAAAACAGCAACUUGCCAUAGCAUAAUAAUUAUAAUAAAAAGAAAAAAAAGAAAAAAAAAUUGGAUGCCGAAUAUGAAUAUUACUAUACCUAUACAUUUAACUGUGCCUAUUAUUAGACAUAUAUUUAUUACAAUUACCCAACACUGCUAUAAUUAUUACUUAUAUUACUAUUCGUCGUAAUUAAAAAAAACCAACAAAAAAAAAGAGGAAAAAAACGUUAUUUUUAGUUCGUAAACCCGACCUAUUGCGAUUUUCGUUGAUUAUUUUUUCUUUUUCAUUUCGGUAAUUCUUCGUUUUGUAUUCAUCGUAUUUAAUAAUUGAGCAUUAUAACAUUUUUUUUUUAAUUUGCUUUCAUUUUUCAAGAUGAUUACGAACGCUAAGUUUUCAUCUUGGUCACCCAUAUUCUGUAUGGAUUUCUUUGCUAUUGUAAAGUUGAAUCUUCUUCUCGACGCGAAUGAUAAAUCAGCCUAGCCUAGGUAGAGUGGUAAAUGAAACAAAAACAAAUAAUAAUGACAGUUAUGUAUGUUACGUUUUUUUUUGUUUCGUUUUUGCUUAAAAAAUAAAUCGAAGAGGAAGAAAGUAACAUUGUUUUUUGUAAUAUUGUAAAUUUUUGCUUUUAAAUCAUCGAAAAGAAACCAGAUGUGUGUUUUUUUUUGCUUAUUUUAAUACGAUAAUUGUUGGUAAAAUAUUUAAUUUAUCACCGCAAAAUGCAUUUUUCUUCCAUGUUGUUUUGAUUACUUAUUAAUAUUUUCAUCUUUUUUUUUUUAAUUUUUUUUAGUUUUUUGGUAUAAAUGUAUACCUAAUUUUAAUAGUCUGAUUUGAUAAAGAGCGAGGAGAAACUACUUCGACUGGAUUUGUCCAUAUCUUUGAUUUGCAACGGCUCGAUAACUUUUGUUGUUAAUUCAAGUAGAGAAUUCCAAAAAGUAAGGGAGAGAGAUAGAGAGAAAAUAUAUUUGGAAAAAAUUAGUUUUCAAAAGAAACUGAAUGAAUUUCAGUAUACUCGGUAAAGUGAUUAUGGUAUAUGUAAAUUACCCGCCUAGUGACGAAACAACUUUGGGUAAUAAUAUAUGUAUUUUUUUUUUUAAAAAAGAAUAAUUUUUUCUUCUUUAAUUUAACAAAUAUACUUGAAAAAAGACAAAAGUUAUUGGCGCUCUUUGCACACUGUAUACAUAUUGUAUCAAUAAUAUAAUUUGAUGAAAAAUUAUGUGAAUAAAUAAUGAAAGAAAAAAAAAAAAA